CAAAACAGUACAUCACAACAGUGCCACAAAACACAACAGAAGAAGAGGUAAACCUGACGGUUGGGUAUCUCAAUGCAGGCAAUGGGUCUACCUGACUUGUGCUGACCUUCAGUGGCGACUGGCCCCCGCAGCCAUCCAUCUUGACAACAUGCAAGGAUUCUACUCCAAGCUCGACUCCUCCCCCUCCUCGUCCCCGUUGUUGGGGGUGGGCCUCGUGCGAGAAGGUGCCCCCGUACCUCUCAGCCUGGCUGUGGAGACGGAGAAAGCUCAGGCUCUCCUACAGACGUUCAGCUCCGCCUCUCUGCUGGCGUCGGCAGGACUUGGUAUGUUCUGUGUGGUGGCGGACCACGCCCUCCAGCUGUCCUUCAUCCAGCAACACCUCUGGCUGCGCGCUGCCUUGGACAACGCCACACAUGGAUUGGUGGGGCUGUGGUCAUGGGCUGUUGUUAUUGGACUGAGGAAAAAGAGUGAUCUCUAUGAGGUGCUGCUGGCCGGCCUUCUGGCAUCCAUCAUAGACCUGGACCACUUCUAUAUGGCUGGAUCCCUGUCACUCAAGGCUGCCGUCUCGCUCCCUCAGCGUCCUCCUCUCCACUGCUCCUCUCUCAUCCCCGUCCUCUGCCUCUCCCUCCGCUUCCUCAUGUGGAUCGGACGCCUCAAAGACGCCUGGUGCUCCCUGCCGUGGAUGCUUUUCAUUUCCAUGGCGACGCACCACGUCCGGGAUGCCGUGCGCCACGGCCUGUGGGUGUGCCCGUUCGGCAACACAGCGCCGCUCCCCUACUGGCUGUACGUCAGCACCACGGCGACGCUCCCUCAUCUGUGCUCAGUGCUCAUGUAUCUGACAGGAACCCGGGAUGUGAUCUCCACCAAACACGGAGUGGCCAUCGAUGUUUAGACGUUACUAACUUAGCUACGUCUAACGCAGGUCUUGCCUCUGGGCAAAAAUGUUCUUUUGCUGUUUGAACCAACUUUCAGAUACUUGAAAUUACUUGAGAAAAAAAACAUUGUGACACUAGAGCAGCAUGGCACUGAAAGAUGAUGCUGAAAGAGGAACUUCAAACAAAGGUCGAGGACACUGUCACUAUAUGAUAAUUUAAAAAAAAAAAAAAAAACAUUUACACAGUUUCCAUGGAUGGAGACUAAAAUAACGCUUUUCGAAAAAGGAACGUUACGCUAUCGGUGCCAAUCAUGGAUUUCUGUGAAGUUUUUCUGCUAUUGAAAUGUACCAGAAUCCGGUUCACUUAUCGGAGGAGUGAUGCUUAUUUCCAAAAACUGUCUAAAGUGUUUAGGGAGUGACCCUUUAAAGCUUUGACAUAUCAUUUUGCAGAGGCUUGCUUGCCUGCUAUCUGUUCAUCUACCCAAACACUUGUAAAAAGGGACCAGAGACUUUACCUCCACAAAUCACAGCCAUUUCUUGGCCCCCUGAACUCUUAACAAGUCCACCACCUGAACUAUCACUGUCUGUCCUCAUCCUAAGAACACUCAAGGAAAAGUCAACCAAAGGUCAACCACAGGCUGUACGACACUAGUGUAUUGUUUAUCAGGGUCACUCUCAGCCUCAGUGCGUCCAGCAGUAUAUAACCGCCGUUAUCCCACUGUGCAUUUAAAGUAGCUCAUCUGCCAUCGUAGUGAAAUUUAACGGAUUGUAUAUUUAUUGGAGAGUGAGAUUUAAAUCACUACCACAUUCCAAUGACAGAUCCACUAUUAAUCACCGCAAAACAAAAAUUAUCUUUGGCUGUCGACGCCUACAAUAUCCAGCUGUCACCUCUCUGCCGCUUCAUCUCGCUGCUUGGAUGAGCCUUACUGUCCAGUCAAGAACUUUUCCUGUAGAAGCCAGAGUUUUCAAUUACAUUUUCAGCAUCUUGAACACUGCAUUUUUGGAUUUAGCUGAAAAAACAAACAACAUCCGAUGUUGUUUGGAUUAAACCGAUGUUAAUCCAAAGCACCAGUUCUAUUUGUUGUACUUGAAACGGCUCUUGUACUGUGUGCAUGAAUCAGCCUGUGAAGUUUAGAGCUGUUUAGAGAUGCCAUACAAUUCAGAUUGUUUGCUAGUUUUCUGGCUUCCUACUAUUGUACCAAUGCCGGAAAACUGGCUGUGCUGUUUCAAAACAGGACAGUCCACUGGGAGUGUUAACAUUUACAGAAUUGGCCCAGUGCAGUAGUUGCAGUAAAAGCAAAUGGGUGACAUGACAGAGGAUUUUGGAAUUUAUCAAUGACAUGUGUACGGUGUCCCAGUUGACCUCUUUAUUUUACACCACACACAAAAACAUACGAGAGCUGGAAAGAUCAAGGGAAUGAUUUGUUCAAUAGCUCAGUAAUAUCUUCAUAAUGCUUGUUGAUAUUUACCGAAAUAUAAAAAAACAUAAUUGCUGCAUUAACUUGCUGUAUAGUGUUCUUCUGCAGUUUUCUUUGUUAUGCUACUGUAAUUAAAUGACUGAUACAGCACAGUCUACAGGCUGAAAUUCCCCGGUGGCUUUUCAGCGGUGAAACCACAACUUGCAGAAGGACAUGGACUUUUUAUUUGAACUAAAAUUCUUAAUCCAUUAAGACACACAACAUAUAGAGGUAGGAAGGCUGUUUUACAUCACACACUGUAUUUUUUAAAUGAUGCAUAAUGUUUUGUAAUAGAGUGGAUAGUGGAGUUAAUGUUUAGGACCAUAUUAUAGUUAUUUGAAUGCAACUGACAUGCUUUGAGUGAAAAAGGGAUAGCGGACCUCGAAAUGUUUCUAACAGUCUGCUUUUAUAUUUUUGAUCUGGGACAGAGUUCAGUUGUCAAAUAUCAGCCACAACAGAUAUGUUAAUAUCCAUCAGAUUAUUUUUGUUUUCCUGUGAAACUGCUGGUGAUUAAGGUUGUAGUGAUUCUUGUUGUCCACUAGGCUCCUACAGUGAGCUAUAGGGAUUCACAUUGUGUUCAUUUGGUACUAAGCAGGUCCUAAAGUCUGUUAUAGAACAAGAAGUCCUUUACAUGUGACUUUAGUUGUUUGUGUGUGCGUUAGUCUUUGUUUUGCUGCUAUUGCACUAUCAUCUGUGUUUUAAUUAUUUUGGAAAAUAUCAACUCUUGAACGGUACAAAGAAUGGUUUGAAAACACUCCACCUACUUCACUGAGGCUAAACAAUGGCUGCCGUCCCAUUUUAGUUACCAGUGUCAUUUUUAGUAAAGCGUUGUCUUUUACUGCUGCUUAUGUUUACAAUUUGAACUUCUUUAAUGAUUAAUUAUUAUGUUGAAUUUUGCACAAUUUAAGUUUUUCCUGUUUGAUUUUUGUUUUGUAUGCUUCUAAGUUUUUAUUUCAAUAGAAGGUAUAAAUUGUUAAGAAGAUA